AUGUCUUCCGCACGUCUCUACGUUGUCAUGCUGAUGGCCAUCCUCUCUAUAGUGGCCGCAGCUCUCUCAAACAACCUGGAUGUCUUCGAGGAGCUCCAUGUCGUCCGUACUGAUGAUGACUCUGGCCUCAACCUCGACCGUGUCCCCGGUACCAUUGCUCGUAUCGUCGAUAGUGGCAUUGUUUCUAUCCCUGUUCCCAGUGGUAUUCUGGCUUUUGAGGGUCCUACCGAUCUUGUCUUUCCCAGGCCCACGGUCGUUAUUCCUGGUCUGCCCUCUGUCACUGCGACCUCUGUGGUUGUCACCAAGUCUACUGCCACCUCCUCGGCUUCCACCACCGAGGUGACACGGGUCACCAUCUCGCUGCGCAGCAGCACUAUGACCAACACAGCUGACUUGACUCCGGUCACUGAGGUGACUUCUGCAACUCCUUCGGUGCCUGUCACAGGUACCUCAACUGAGCCAUGCCCCAGACCUACUGGGUUGACUUUUAUUCCAAGCCCCGUCGUGUUCACUUCCACUGAGACCGAGCCUUGCCCUAACGCCACUACUACCAAGCAACCCAUCGAGAUUGUUGUUACCAUUUCUUGCUCCACGGGCCUCUGCCAGUCCACUGUGCUUCCCUCUGUGCCUUGUUCCGGUCAAUGCCGGCCCACUGCGAUCUCAAUCCCUGUGCCUUGCUCAGGCAACUGCCCUACUGAGCCCACUCCUGGUGUCAUCAAGGUUAGCGUGCCCUCUACUUUGACCACUGGUUCUCGGCCCACUGCAACUGCAGUCAUCAUCUCUUGCUCUGGCAACGGCUGCGUCGUUCCAGUUUCUUGCUCUGGUAGCGGCUGCCACGUUACGGUCCCUGCUGCUGGUGCCUCUGGUGCCACCAACGCAUCCCAUCCUGUGGCGCCCAUCACCUCUGUGAUUCAAUACACUGGCGGGGCUGACCACCAGAGUGGCUUCCUGGCCCACAUCAUCCUGGUUGCGGUCUUCCUCGUGGUCUUUCUCAACACUCUUUGA